UCUUAACGGUUAGGUGAAAGCUACGCUGGUAAUGUUUACUUCUCUGCUACAGCGGCGUGUGAGUGUGUGUGUGUUAUGAGGUGGCUGAACAGAUGCGCUAUGUAACGCCGUUUGACUUUUAUUUUUCUUGGUUUAAACCACACGGAAUUGUACAAGUCGACAGCGCACUGGUGAUACACACAGCAAAGGAAGAAGAAGAAGAGAAGAAAAGAAGAAAAGAAGAAGAAGCUCUGUUUGAAGAAGCCGCUGAGAGGAGGCAUCCAGCGUUCAUGAUGGCGAUGUUCCGCAGUUUUGUUUCUGCUGCUCAGCUCAGACAGCCUCAUCCCCAGCCCCAGCUGCAGCAUGGAGAGAGUCUGGAGAGCCAGUUUUCCUGCCCCAUCUGCCUGGAGGUUUAUCACAAACCCGUCAGCAUCGCCAGCUGUGCUCAUACGUUCUGUGGAGACUGCCUUCAGCCGUGUCUCCAGGUGACGUCUCCUCUCUGUCCCCUGUGCCGCAUGCCUUUCGACCCCAAGAAGGUGGACAAAUCUUCCAGUGUGGAGAAGCAGCUCUCCUCUUAUAAAGCGCCAUGCCGAGGGUGCAGCAAAAAAAUCACGCUGGUCAAAAUGAGGUCACACAUCUCAUCUUGCACAAAGGUGCAGGAACAGAUGGCCAACUGCCCAAAGUUCAUGCCCGUGGUUCCCACAUCACAGCCGAUCCCCAGCAAUAUUCCAAACCGAUCGACAUUUGUGUGCCCGUAUUGUGGAGCGCGAAACCUGGACCAACAAGAGCUGGUGAAACACUGCAUGGAAAACCACCGCAAUGACCCCAACAAAGUGGUGUGUCCCGUGUGUUCAGCCAUGCCCUGGGGUGACCCCAGCUACAAGAGCUCCAACUUCCUGCAGCACCUCCUGCACCGGCACAAGUUUUCCUACGACACAUUUGUGGACUACAGUAUUGAUGAGGAGGCCGCACUGCAGGCAGCACUGGCCCUCUCUCUGUCUGAGAACUGAGAGUCCCGUCCCAGUAGCCUCCACCAAUCACCACCUCCAAUCCAAACACCAUAACCAAUCACCAUCACUUACCCCAACCUCUUUAACCAAUCACUUAUCUCUCUGCCUCCUUCAUGCUGCAGACGUAAACAAAAAGGAGCAUCAUUUUCAUCCUCUAGACUUUUUUCUUUUCUGUUUUUUUUUUUUUUCUUUCUCACUCCACAUUUCACCAGGUAGCUGCACGGCUGGUUCUGUACCUGGUGUUACAAUCACAUGAUGCUGAUCACAUGAUCUCCACAGUUUUCUACCCAGAAGUCCUCUCUUCCUUUACUGAUGGAGGAAGAGCAUUCAGUCAUUCAUAACUGCUGCAAUCAAUAACAACAGCAUUACAUCGUGUAUCUCGCAUCUUUGACAUAUAAUACAACAAGCUUCAAUUGAUGUUUGAGGGGGAAAGAACAAAACACCAUUUCAGCAUCACAGAUUUUCCUUCAGUUCUGUUUUUCUCUCUCUCUCUCUCUCUCUCUCUUGUUCAAACAUGGACAGAUGGCAGUGUAAGUAGGAAAAGCCAUCACACAUCUCACAGUAGACUGGAUGAGAGCAUUAUUCCAGGCUUGGAUGAUGUUGCUAGGCCAGCACCGAUGUCCUUACGCCAACUACCCCAUUAUUGCCAUGGUGACCGUAUAAAUGAUGGACACCUCAGUAACAGAGUCUCCUGUUGGCUAUACAUGAGUAAAAGAGAAAGAGAGAGAGAGAGAGGGUGCUCCAUCACUUUACUGUAAGCAGAAGGAAGCUGAGAUGAAUGGUGAUAGUACCUGCCUUGUGGGAAUGACUCAGCUUUAGGCAAUACUCAUACAGCAGAGAGAGAUGAUCCAAUGUUCACACCAUCACCAAUAUCACGACUUGGUCAUCACUAAACAUUCCCCCUUUCUUUCUUUCUUUUUUUUUUUUUAAUCUAGCUCGUCACGAACACUCACGAUUUUCUACAUGACUGAAUUCUAGUUCUAAUAUUCUUUUAUAGUUCUCCGACAGGAAGCUAGUACUGCUUUUAUCUUCACUCUGCUCUCUACUGGUUUACCUUGCUACAAUAAUAUUUUUUACAAAGCAUCAGAUUAGAAGAAUAUCUAUUUUUGGAAAAAUGUUUCCUUUAAAAUGGUGCACUAAUACUGAGGAAGUGAAACGUUUGGAGAUACGCUGAUUUGAACUUCUUUUUUAUAUAUCGGAGGUGGAGGAUAGACCAUGAGGCCACGGAGGGGAUGUAGAUGCAAAGCUCGACCACUAGGUGGCACUAAGUGUUAGCUCCACGGGAAGGCUGGCAUGAACCAUAGUCAUUCAGAGCCCAGUUUCAUGUCAUAUUUGCAUGAUGUGUGUAGUAGAUUUCACGCCCAGUGUUUAUUACCAGCAGGGAGUCAUUAUUUGGGUCUGGAUUAUCAGACUGAGAGGAUUUAUUGUAUGACAUUGUUACCCUUAGAGUGAUGGAUGUUAUGCUGAAUUAGACAGUGAGGUAUUGUGUAUGGCAGUACACAUUUAUUCCUUCUGCAGACAGAGGCAGAACGUAAUCCAAGCAUAGCAGUGGGGGGUUAAACCACUGGGCUUUGAACAUUUUCCGAUAAGCUACCACUGUCCCAUAUUGGGUCGCUGGUGAAAGACAAAUUGAGAACUGCCUGAAUCAAAAUUUGGUUAAAAAUAGUUAAACUGAAAUGGGACGUAGCCAUAUAUAUAUUUUUUUUCUUUUCAGAUUGACAGUAGGUUGUAAAGCUAACACAGGCACUGAAAGACAAUUAGAAAAUGUCUGUCACUGGCAGUCACUGUGUUUCAUCAGAUCCUUUUGUCUUAUAUAUGUAAUAUAUUUAAUUUAGCUUUGACUAUUCAAGCAUUUUAUCCUGAGCGUCUAUCACAAUCAUUUUGUAUUGUUUGUAUCUUCAAUUGAUGGUGAAGUUACGAAAUCAGUUUGUCCUGAACAUUUUGGCAGCCUGGCUGCAUGCAGAGAGAUGACUCACUGAGAAUGUGAUGGAUUUAGAGAAGACGCAAAAUGUUGGCAGUGAUUGGCGGGUGACGGCAUUCAGUUUUAUAUGUGAUUUCUUGUGAAUAGUUUCCAAUCAUUGAGUGCAUAAUCAUUGUUAUUUUCUUUUAAGGUUGUAAAGUUUCCUUUUUGUAAAUCGCUUGAUUAGAUGUCAUUUCUCCUGAUGUCUGCUUGUCCUCUAUCCUGUGUGUCCAUAACUCAUAACAGUGUUUGUAAUAUGAAGUUGUGCAACAAACACACCAGAGAAAUGAAGCCUCUGCCUUUAUGUGCUGGAGUCUUAGUACAAGCGUUACUGUUUAUAAGAGGCGGUUUAAUGGAAAGAAUUGAAACUUGUACAUAUGAAUAGUAAGAUUGAGACUGAGCUUUUACCUCGUUAUUAUUGCUGGGUUUAAACCUUGAGUGAGAAAGUGAGAUCAUCGUUACAGUACAAGCAGGUAAAAAUGUUGCACAUUGGUUCUAAUCAGUAGGGAUUUUGUCCUAGUAUUUUAAUUUGCCUAUAUACUGUAAAGGAGGCAUGUGCCGAUCAAUAUUGUUGCGAGGGCACUUUAAAUAAAUAUGAAAUAUUGUCACUGCUCAUGCGUUCCAUAUUAAAGGCGGCUCCUGAAGUAGGAAGCCUUUUCAAGUAGCAUUUGCACUCUUAAGAUAAAGUUUCCUUUAUGGUUAAGAUGCUAAAAUGUUUAGACACAGAGUGACAGAAAAAGCAGUGACACCACGUAAUUAUUAUGGAUAGUAAUUAUUAUGGAUUUGUGCAGAAUAAAUGUCCAUUUAAUGAUGUUAUUGCACUGGCUUCUAAAAUUCAAGGAAUUUAGUCAAAAUAUCUACAGAAUAUCUACAAUGCUGCAGUAAAUUGUAUAGGUGUAAUAUACAGUGAAUAUAAAAAGUCUACACACCCCUGUUACAAUUGCAAAACCAAUCUUUUCUGACCUGUAAUGUGAUACAGCAACCAACAAAAUUUAAAUGAAAAAACAAAUAGAAAUGUUUUGGGGGAAAAAAAGCAAAAGAAAAACUUGCAAUAACCUGGUUGCAUAAGUAAGCACACCCUUUUAAAAUGGAUGCCUGUGGUGUGACUGUGCUCAGGAUUAACCAAUCACAUUCAUUAAACUGAGGUUUAAAAUGAAAUAUCAUACACCUGUCAUUAAUAAAGUGAUUCAGAUUAACUCCAAAUAAAGUUCAGCUGUUCUGUAGGAUUUUCCAGAAAAAAAACCAUCCAAGCCUGCCUGGUAAAAUGUGUUAUUGUCUAAUGAGACCAAGUUAAAACUUUUUAGGCAUAAUUCUAAAAGAUAUGUUUAGCACAAAAAGUAGACCAUAGCCACAGUGAAGCAUGGUGGUGGCAGCAUCAUGCUAUGGGGCUGCUUCUCUUCAGCUGGGACUGGGGCUCUAGUCAAGAUAAAGAGAAUCAUGGAUGGCUCCAAAUUCCAAUCUAUUUUGACACAAACCCUGCAGGCCUUUGUUAGACAGCUGAAGAUGAAGAAAAAUGUCAACUUCCAGCACGAUAAUGACCCAAAGCACACACAAAAACAAAAGUCAACGAAGGAAUGGCUUCAGAAGAAGAUCAACAUUUUGAAAUGGUCCAAUCAGAGCCCACAUAUAAAUUCUAUAGAAAAGCUUUGGAAUGAUUUGAAGAGGGCUGUGCACAGGAGAUUCCCUCACGAUUUGGUAGAUCUGGAGCAUUUUUAAAAGGAAGAGUGGAACAAAACUGACAAAUGAAGAUGUGCUAAGUUGGUAGAAUCUUCCCCAAAAAGACCGAGUGCUGUAUUACAAGCAAAAGUUAAGGGGUGUGCAUACUUAUGUGACCAGGUUAUUGCUUUUUCACCCCUGACCCCCAAACAACAUUUCCAUUUGUUUUUCACUUGGUUUCACUUUUUUACAUCAUAAAAACCUGCAAUUUUAAGAGGAGUGUAUAGACUUUUUAUAUCCACUGUACCUGUCAGAUCUGGGCUUAUUUCAAGGAUUGCAGCUGCCACACUGUGGCACUCGUGGCGUCACUAAUGAUGAGAACAGGUGAAGGUAAUAUGUAGUCAUGUUUAUAAUAUUGCUAUAAUAUUUUAAGAGGUUAUAGUAAGAGCUUAAGCAGUUAUUGGAAUGAAAAUGUAAUAUCGGCACAUGCCUACCGCCAAGUGUGCUUUGUAACUGUCACAAAAGAUUGCGUUUUGGAGAAUGAUCAUUUUUUGUGACAUUUCUAGAUGACAGUAUAAUGGCAAACAUAAUAAUAAUAACAAUAAUAAUAAUAAUAACAAUAAUAAUAAUAAUUGCAUUUGGUGUAUGUGUGUGCAGUAAUGUGUUUAUUUGGCUUUAUAAGGGUGUUAAUAAGGAUUAUAAGGGUUUUUAAAGCUGCAGGUGGUGUGACUGUUGAAUGAGAGUCAUGUUCUCAUAAUUAAACACAGAGAGAAGAGAGUAUUUGGACUAAAAACUGCAGAAAUCUUUGGACGUUCCUUUCACUGUUCAAACUCAACAAUGACCUGCGGCUGCGUGACCCAUUUCCCCAAACUUUUUUACUUAUUUACUAUCAACGCUAUUUUCUAAGUGUUUGUAAUAUACCACGUGCAAAUAAUAUUCAUGUUCACUGCUGUAGCAUAACACGUAGGUUUUUAAACUUUUUAUAUAUGGCACUUUGCUUUUACUUUUUUUUUCCUGGCUCCCUUUGAGAACGAUACAAAGCGGAUCAUUUCCAUACGUGUGUGUCUCCCGCAUUGUGGGCCCGGAGUCCUGCAGGCUGAAGCAGGAGCUGGAGAAAUCAAUCACUCAGCAUCUCCUUUGGAGCUCGAAGUGGAGAAACAAGCAUUAUAUGGACGUCAGUGGAUAUAUGAGGACACAUGGCUUCUUGCUCAGGAGAGACUCAUUGUUUUCCUGUAGCUGUUAGUAGGAGCUUGCUUGUGGAGACAAAGAGAAGGACACCUCACAACAUAGCGGCUCCAUCAUUGAUCCAGUGACUGCAAGGCGUGUGUGUGUGUGUGUGUGCGCGCUAGAGAGAGAGCUAUCUCAAUGGAAAUAUGCAUUCAUGACGUAAUAAUGAUGAUAUAACAGUAAUAACGAUGAUUGAUAUGAUGCUAACACCAAUGUGGAGUUUUGAAGCUGUAACGCUGUUUGAGGUUUAAUAGGUUACUUAUAUGAUGUAUUUGUAGCAGUUUUUCCCCCUCAAUAAAACCACUGACCCAUCCUACUUA